CAUGGGCAAGCGAGACCACGAGGUCGCCGGAGGAACCGUCUCGCUGCGCGGUGGUUCCCACCUCCGCCCCUCCCCAUCGCAUCUCGCGCCCUAUAAGCGAGCUCAGCUGCCCGCUCCCUCUCCGUUCUGAGCUCGCAGUUCUACUAGUUUAGUUUUUGCGAAGUGUUCUUCUCCAAAUCACCUGAGAAAUAGGUGUCGAUUUUCAGAACUAGCGUGCUAGCCACUAGUGUGGCCAUGGAAGUGGUUUCUUCCAGCCACUCCUGCUUGGCAUUUAACCGAACACCUAGCAGUGCUUGGAGGUUUCCGGGGAAUGGUCUUGGUCCAGGGCAUGCAAAGCUCACUCGGCCAAGAAGUGCAAUUCUUUGUGUGCGGUCAGGGACAGCUUCGAAUCCUGCUGAUUCUGGGAAAGUUCAUGCGAGCCAUGGGUUCUAUGUAAGUGAUGUCGAUGCAGCUCUCCAAGGGAUCCCGAAGAAAGUCGGUGAGAUCGAGAAGAUGAUCAUUCCGAGCUUGCCAGAAGGACCUGAAAGCUCUCUAAUUAGUACUGGUUUCUGGGAAUGGAAGCCGAAGCUGAGUGUAUAUUAUGAAAAGUCUGGCAUAGACAAUAGCAAGGCACCGUCUGUGCUCUUUCUACCAGGUUUUGGAGUGGGAACGUUCCAUUUUGAGAAGCAAUUGAAGGAUCUUGGCCGUGAUUACAAAGUAUGGACAAUGGAUUUUCUAGGGCAGGGCAUGUCGUUGCCAUGUGAAGAUCCUGCUCCUAAGAGCACAUCAGGAGAGCUAGAUGAGGACACAUAUUGGGGUUUUGGACAAGAAUUACAACCAUGGGCGGAGGAGUUGGUGUAUUCGAUAGAUUUGUGGCGUGACCAAGUUCAGCAUUUUAUUGAAGAGGUUAUUGGUGAACCAGUAUAUAUUGUGGGGAACUCUCUGGGAGGUUUUGUUUCUCUAUAUCUUGCUGCAUCCUGUCCACACCUUGUAAAGGGUGUCACAUUACUUAAUGCAACCCCAUUUUGGGGAUUCCUUCCCAACCCUGCUACAUCUCCUCGCUUGUCGAAGAUUUUUCCAUGGGCUGGGACAUUUCCACUUCCAUCGUUUGUGAGGAAACUUACUGAAACAGUGUGGCAGAAAAUAAGUGAUCCAAGAAGUAUACAGGGCAUACUCAAGCAAGUAUAUGCUGACCACUCAACGAAUGUGGACAUGGUGUUCUCGCGUAUUAUAGAGACAACACAACAUCCAGCAGCUGCUGCAUCAUUUGCAUCCAUUAUGUGUGCUCCAAAGGGACAAAUAUCCUUCGAAGAAGCUCUAUCUAGGUGCCAAAGGCAGGGUAUUCCCAUAUCUCUUAUGUAUGGGAGAGAAGAUCCUUGGGUUAGACCUAUUUGGGGUAUUAAAGUGAAACAGCAGGUGCCAGAAUCACCGUAUUACGAAAUCAGUCCUGCUGGUCACUGCCCUCAUGAUGAGGUUCCUGAGGUUAUAAACUACUUACUCAGAGGAUGGCUAAAGAAUGUCGAAUCUGAGGGUUCAGUUGCAGUUCCAUUUCUUGAAGAACCCAGCUAUGCUGAAAAUGGUGUAUCAAGGGAGCUGGAAUUUGUUAGGGGAGGAUCAAAAAAAUCUGUCCAUGUGCGACUCUUUGGUUCUAAAAUUUCCUUAUGGAGCCAACUUCGUUCGCUUUUGAAGUCCAACACAUGGGUAAUAUCUAGAUAAGAUAGAUUGUCCAUACAAGUAUGAUGUUAGAAGCUUCAGUCAAAUAUUGUAUUCAUUAUUCUUUAUUUAAAGUAGUCAGUUUGAUGUCUAGAACUCUAGAUAUACCCAGUAGACAGGAUUUUGAACAUUUCUAGUGGAUGUAAAAAUAGCAAGCUUCAAAAUUCUUGUGCCAGAACAAAGGGAGUAGCCAAGUUUAGUCCUUGUUUGUAUAGGCUAUCAAUCUUUAUCAAGUUCAAAUUGUGAUUUCUGUAUAAGCAGAAAAAUUGGUAUCAUAUGCCAUUGUUAUAGGAUCCACACUUCACUGUCCUUAGAACUUUCAGUUCUAUAUCAACUCAGGUGCUUUUUUUCAAAAAGGUAGAAUGGACCAUGUGGAAUUGUGGAUUAUGUU